GAUGAUUUAAUUUAGUUAUUCUUUUGGUCAAAAUUUGUGUUGAAAAUAAUUGCUUGAAUGGCGCAUAAUGGUUUAAAUUUUAUAUGACGACAGGAGAGGAGUCUUUAACUAUCAAUAAGUGUAACAAGAGUGAUUUUAUAAUGUUGAUUGAAAAUUCUUAUUAACCAAAAUAUGAUGUCUUAGGGAGUUUUGUUCGAAUUACUUAUACGGAUAUUUUCAUUUAACAAGCGAUAGAAUGUCAUCAAAACCAUCUGGUCUGCGAUUUUCAUCAGUUUCGUCACAAACGAGUCAACCACAACCAGUAAAGCCAUCCGCAAAUUUUACAAAAAAUAGUACGAUUUCAAUAGUUGGCAAAAAACCAUCCACAAUUGUUUACACGAAAAAUAUCAAAUCCAGUCCCAAUCAAACGAUGCAAACAACAAAAAAAUUGCAAACCAACCAAUCACCUUAUGAAUCCGAUACAGACAUUUCAACAUCAAAUGAAAAUUUAUCGAUGGAACAACGAUAUGUUUUGCGCCAUACGCCACGUGCUGAGCCACAAGGACAAGAGAAUUUGGUCGAAUCGAAUUCAGCUCGAUAUGCAUCGGAUCAGCAAAGAUUCUCUUCGAAUACAUCGUCCGAUUCGACGCGUUAUGCGUCGAGUAAUCGUAGUCAUUCAGGCAGUCAAACUCCAAAUUUGCAGCAAGCAAAUUGCAAUAUCAACGAAAAUAUUGUCAAUAAUCCAAACAAUAGCAUAAGCAUUGGCAUCGGAUCGAAUCGAAAUUCUCUAAAAGAAAACAUCAAUUCGAAUCGUUCAUCGAUGGAUGUAUCAACAUGUUCGUAUAAUACAUUGAUUAUACAUCCGGAUGAUACACUGCAUGCGCCAUUGAAUCGCUUGACGGGCGAACAUUUGGUGCAGGAUGGUAAUGGUAAAAGAGAGAUGCAAGAGAUUACCGAAAUUCCCGACGAUUACUUAAAUCAAAGUCAUGUGCUGAAGCAUCUCGCCAAAGAAAUGAAAAUACCAAGCAAUCGACAGCGAACCUCAUCACGAGAACGAAGUUUACUCGAUAAUGACAAAGAGCAUACAACAGGGCAAAAGUCAACCCGAGCAAAAAGUCAACCCGAUCUAACGAAAAUACCCGAAAAUCAUAUUGAUGCCAUGGAAGCUCUGGUCAAAGAGAAUCACCUCCUCAAGCAACAGUUGCAAAAUUGUUUUACAAAAGUGGCCAAAACACAAAAGCUUGAAGAAGAGGUCACAAAUAUCUAUCGGGCUCAUGAAGAAUUGAAACAGACAUGCGAACGACGUGAGAAACUUGAGAGAGCUGCACGAAUGCGUUUGCAGAGUGAUCUUCAACGAGUUCAAGAGCUAAAUGCAGUUAUGAGAGAUCAAGUUGAUAUUUUACAGAGUCAAUUGCUUGCACCGUCCGAACAUCAAAUUUUGAUUGCACAACUUUUCACACAAAAUAAAGAAUUGAGCGCAGCUAAAGAACGACAAGAUAUUGAACUCGGUGCCCAACGAGCAACUUUGCAGGAACAAAGAAAUCACAUUGGCAUUUUGGAUUCAGCAUUGACAAAUGCCCAACAAAAUAUCAGACGAUUGGAGGAAGAAUUACGAAAGAAACAAAUGUAUAUUGAUCGAUUAAAUCAGCUACAUCAAUUACAACAACCGAAACAAUGUGAACGAAAAAAUAUGCUGGAAUUUGAUCCGGAAUUGUCAAAAGAAUCGAAUCGCAGCGGUAGCAGUACAACCAGUGACACAAAAUGGCAAAUGGGCGACAAGUCCCAAAUGAUUCGAGUUGAAAGUGAACAACGGCACAUGGAUGAUGGAAGACAAAAUACGCCCAAAUUGAUGGAUAAACAAGACGAACGAAAUUUAGUCGAAGCAAAACAGGAUAAGCUCCGAUAUUUAGAGGAAGUUCAUUCGGCCCAACGGAAAAUGAACGAUUUACAGGCACAUCUCAAAGUAUUGGAAAGUAAAUUGGCUGACAAAGAUGUCGAAAUAAGAUUAUUGCAAGAAAAGAAAAUUUGCGGAUCAUCAUUUGAUUCGUAUAAUAGCUAUGGCCUCAGUCCAUUGGCAUUUAAUUCACAGACAUCGUACAAUGCAUCGAAUAAUUCCUUUAAUACGACAACAAAUGCAUCGUUGCUUGAACAAACAUUCGGUCAUCCAUCUGCAUCGAUUGGCGGCUAUUCACAACAAGUUCCAUCACCAUACAAAACCAAUCCGACCAAUCUACAGUCAAUCAAUUUGAAUAGUAAUGUUGUUAAUUCGCCAAAUGGUGGCGGUGUUGCAGGUGGCUAUUCGGCCAACAGUUCCAACUAUAGCAAUAAUUACGAUUCGCCAAACUAUAACCAAAACACAUCUAGCUAUGACACAUCAUACGAAAAUAUCACACGAAAAUCCAUUGAUGACCAUAUGAAAAAGCAUCUUGACGAACAGUUACUUACGAAGCGUGGUCUCUGCUGCUUUCCCAGUCUUAGUUCGAAAAAAUCGAAUUUGGCUUUAUUAUCUGAUCAGGUAUCCGUUCUGUCAACAAACAAUAGCGACUCAUUUUUGCAGAAACUAGUACAACGGGAACGCAACCGACACGAAACGAAAGACCAAGAUCUUGGACCGUCGUCAUCGAUGUCAAACCAAACGAAAGCCGAUGAAAUCGUAUUGCUUGAAAAACAAGGCCUAUGCUCACAAAAAUUACGAAAUAAUCUGACGGGAAAUUUGGCCAAAGUAACGAAUACGGUUGGUCAGAAUAUGACUGAUAUUAGCAAUAUUGAUAACAGCAAUCUGAUAAAGGACGUAAAAACGUACGCAAAUUUGGGACAAAAUUCAUCGUAUCAAAUGGGCGGACGAAUGAAGGAGAAUCGCGGUACAUCAUUACCACCAAGUGCUUUGCCACGGCCAGCGCGCAGUUUGAAACCACCGCGAAAAAUUGACUAUGAUCGUUUAAGUGAUUCAUCAAAUAAAGCCCGUUCAACAACACCGCCAAAAAUCCCAUACGAUAUGAAAGCGGCAACGAUGAAACGAAAUGAAUACUCUCGGCGUGAUUUUACACCGCCGGCCAAAAAUUAUGUCGAAAUGAAAGAAAUGCUCAACUUUCCUAAUCCACACUUUUCACUAAAGCGCAAGGAUUACGGAUCCAUGAACAAAUCGGAAUUCUCCAAACCUGAACAUACAUCGACGAAGUAUUAUCAGCGUCUGGAAGAAUCGCCAAAACUGAAUAAAUCAUCGGAUAGUGGCGGUUUUAAACGGUCUUUAUUGCCAAGUGCGCGUAAAUAUUCACCGGCCGUUGCGUCAAAUUCAAAUAAACAACAUUCACGUGAUUCAUUGAAUUCAAGCGAAUCGAAUCAUUCGGUGAAUUCAAAUUUACGACAGAGUCCAAUUCAUUUGAAGGUCGACGUACAUAAUACAUCGAAUGCAUCUUUCCAUCAUCAACACAUCAAUUCACGUACACCACCAAAGCAUAUUUAUAUGUCAUUGGCACCACAAGAUAAAACGGCUUCAUUGCCACCAAAACCGAUCGAUAAUAAUCGCAGUGGACGAAGAGGUGGCAGCGUUACAAGAGGAGAAAAUCGAUAUAAAAUCCAAUUUUAAUAGCUCAUUUUUUACAACUCUUUUUACUUUCUGCUUCGAUUAAUUACAAAAAAAUAAAAAAUAAAUUAAAUUAAAUAAAACCAUACACACACACAGUUAAUUCGAUAUAU